UUCUGACUUGACGAAAGACUGUUUGAAUUCCCCCCACCAGAGAAGGAAAGUUAAGUAACUAGCAAUGGCCACGAGUUCCUCCCAAACACUUGCGCUUCAGAGAAAUUCCAGUGAGCAGAAUCGAUUCAUGGAGAAAUUAAUGUCGAAAAUAUUUAGCUUCUACGACGAGCAGUCUUUGAUCGAUGUGACAUUUAAAGUGUCAAAUCCAACGGCUCUUGUACCCGCGCAUCGUUUGAUACUCGCAGCAGCGAGUCCUUAUUUCGAGAACCUUUUCAAUGGCAAUCAAGGCACUGAUCCAAUCAUCGAGAUAAAUGAUAUCGAUAGCGAUAUUUUUGAGCGUCUAAUAACGUUUUGUUACACCGGAGAGGCCUCCAUUACCGUUAACAAUGUCGCUGCCAUGUUAAAUGCUGCAAUCGUUUUGCAAAUGGACGAUGCCAAAAACCGUAUUGUGGACUACCUCAUGACACGUAUCGAUGACUACACCUUGCAGGCUGCUUAUACGUUGGAGCAUGAAACGAAAUGUGAAGUUCUUAAGCAGAAAAUCAUCGAAUACGAAACACAAAAUUUCAUAAAGAUCAGCCAAAGCGAUGAGUUUUUGAAUUUUGAUGCAGAAAAAUUGCAACGUAUCCUGGUAUCUGACAAUUUGAAUAUAAGCCGUGAAGAAGAUGCCUUCGAUGCCAUACAACGCUGGUACAAUUACGAUGUUCCUACGCGUCAACAGCAACUGCCACUUUUAAUAGAUUGUCUGCGUCUUACCCAAUUCAAAGUGGACUUUCUGAUGACACACAUACAGCCGUUACCUGGAUGUGAGCUACUGGCCUUCAAGGCGGUAUCGUGGAUCAGGGAGCCUACAGUACGGCCAAUGACAAAUAUGCGAUUUACAGAACCACGUGGUGUCAGUGCUACAAAUUGUGGUGAGAAAACAAUCCUAGCGGUUUGCUCAGAGCUGAAUCCCAAACUACAGCAAUAUAACAAAACUGAGGAUAAGUGGCAGGAAUAUGCGAGUAUAAACAUCGAUUACGGAGGGUAUAGAACUAUUUUAAAGAAUGAUAAUUUAUUAUUUAUUGGCGGUUGGAAAAGUUGUGCCACAUUUAACAUCGUCCGCAGCUGGAAUAUACGAAAUAAGACAUGGCAGAAUUUACCCGGCAUGAUCCAAGCAAGAAGGUCACACUGCGUUGUCGAAUUAGAUGACAAAAUCUACGCGAUUGGUGGCCGUGAUGGAUUGUCGUCGGUGGAAAGAUAUACGACUUCCGAUGGUUGGAAGCUCGUGAACAGCUUAAUUGAUGGACGAUAUGAUGCAGGUGCAGUGACAUUAAAUGGUAAAAUUUAUAUAAUGGGCGGUUAUAAAAUCCAUAAACACAAAACAAACUUUUACAUGGACGAACACCUGCAAAUAAAAUCCGUCGAAUGUUACAAUCCGGAUUCAAAUACUUGGACUUCUUGCGCGGAUAUGAAACUAUUUCACAGUUCACCUGGUGUAGCUGCACAUAAAGGUCAAAUUUAUGUUUUAAGCCAUAAAGGUGCUGAACGUUACGAUCCUCAGCAAGACACAUGGUCACAGAUUAUCUCUUUGGAAGUUGGUCCUGGCUUGAUUACUUUCGUAUCGCUGGACAAUAAACUAUUGGCUAUUGGUGGAAAGUCUAAAUCUGCUGACAAGUCAUGUGUAUCAGUCUUUGAUGAAGAAAAUUUCUGUUGGGUAGAAAGGGGUUCAUUACCCAGAAGUGAUGUGUAUAACGGUUUUGUUGUGCCUGAAUCCUUGCUGUCGUCGAUGUGAAUAAAUAAUGUAAUUA